CCUCUGAGGAGGUGACUCCUCCUGUCCAGCAAUGCUUCAUGAUCCCCAAAAAGGAGAUAAAUGUGGUGUCCGACAUGGCCAAAUGGAAACGAUCUCAGGCAUACGCAGACUACAUGGGCUUCAUCCUCACUCUGAACGAAGGUGUCAGGGGCAAGAAGCUGACCUGUGACUACAAAGUUUCAGAGCCCAUUGAAAAGCUGGUGGCUCUGCUGAACACCCUAGACAGAUGGAUCGAUGAAACCCCCCCAGUGGAUCAGCCUUCUCGCUUUGGGAACAAAGCCUUCAGGACCUGGUAUGCCAAACUAGAUCAGGAGGCAGAAAGGUUGGUCUCAACAGUGAUUCCCAAGCAUUUGGCUGAUGCUGCCCCAGAAGUGGCUGUGUACCUGAAGGAAUCCGUGGGGAACUCCACCCGCAUUGACUACGGCACAGGGCAUGAAGCUGCAUUUGCAGCCUUUCUCUGCUGCCUCUGCAAAAUCGGUGUGCUCAGAGUGGAUGACCAGAUGGCCAUUGUCUUCAAAGUGUUUAACAGGUACCUAGAAGUGAUGCGAAAACUUCAGAAGACCUACAGGAUGGAACCUGCUGGCAGCCAGGGCGUGUGGGGCUUGGAUGACUUCCAGUUCCUACCUUUCAUAUGGGGCAGUUCCCAGCUGAUAGACCAUCCAAGUCUGGAGCCUCGGCACUUUGUUGAUGAGAAGGUGGUAAAUGAAAACCAUAAGGACUUCAUGUUCCUGGAGUGCAUCCUCUUCAUUACAGAGAUGAAGACAGGCCCCUUUGCUGAGCACUCCAACCAGCUCUGGAACAUCAGCGCUGUGCCCUCCUGGUCCAAGGUCAACCAGGGCCUCAUCCGCAUGUACAAGGCAGAGUGCCUGGAGAAGUUUCCUGUGAUCCAGCACUUUAAGUUUGGCAGCCUGCUCCCCAUCCAACCUGUGACAUCCUAAGGAGGCGGCGGGAGGAGCGGAGGCAGCGGAGGCACAGCGCGGCACUCUUCCUCCUCCCCUCACUCUCCUCAUCGCCCUGCCCGUUACACACAGCCCCUUCAUUUCUGCACAUCCUCAUCAGCAACCACAGAUCCCAAGCACUCGCCGGCCUUGCACGGGAGAUGGGACUGGGAGCAACUCCUCCUGCACAUCCUCACCACAGGGAUGUCU